AUGGCAAUCCGAAUCGUUAUUGUGGUCAGUGUCCUGAUUGUCCUGGUCAGAGGAUCCCAUAUAUCACCAGUGGAACCACAAUUAUCAGUGGAAAUCCGUUCUGCCGGAGAUGUUACAUCCGGAGCUGCAAUCACUUUCCCCGAAACACGACCAUCCCCAGGGUCUCAGAGUCAAUCAUCAAGUUCUCGUUCGAAUGCUCCUCGUUCCGGGGGAGCCUCUCGCUCUGUGGGAGGUUCCCGUCCAGCGGCUUCCCGACUAGUCGCUGCUGGUGCUUCACGUCGACAGGGUGGAUCUCGUCCUUCUGUUGUUAUUAGCGGUGGACGUCCCAUUGGCGGAGGAUCUGGUCGUAAUCGCAUCCAAAAACCUUUCUAA